UUCGCUUCCCGACACAGUCAGAGGAGCAGAGAAAAUGACGCUGAAAAGCGCCUUUUCGCUUCUUCUUCUUCUUCUAGCCCUUGCAGCUUGCGCCGCUCUGGCCGCGAAGGAUCGCAUCCCAGCACCGUACUUCACCGAUGGAGAGAAUUUGAGUGCUGAGAACUGUGGCGUUGGAGAAAAAUAUUGGGUAGCGGAAGUAUCAUUCCGCUCGAAAAUUGUUUGCUUUGGAGCAAUUAUAUCCCACAGGACUAUUCUCACGAACGCAUGCGAUUUGCAGACGGAUGAUAUCAGAGAUGUAUCGGUUCACAUCGCCAAAGAAUGUGUAAAAAUAAGCAGUAAUACCGGUUAUGGAAAAUGCGCUGGAAUCAUUGAUAUCAAGGUGAGAGAAGUGGUUUUGAUAAACAGCGAUCUCUUGGAAGAACGAGCGUACGAAUUUCCGAUCUACAUUCUAAGAACAAAAAAUAAGAUGCCAGCUAAUAUUUCUCCAAUUUGUUUGUUCAACCGCGGCAAUCAAAUGGACUUGGUAGAGGAUCCCCAAUCAAAGUACUCUUCUUUGGCGACGCCGGCAAUUGGUCCAGAAACGAAUCGAACAUCGUAUGUUCAAAUUAUUUUUACUUCAAAGCUUUUGUCAGGAUUAAAUAUCGUGUCCGAUGACAAUUGUCUGGAAUACUCACGCAAGCAUCAUGUAGAGAUUGCCCAGCCCUCUCUUCAAACCCGGUUCGUGUGCGUGCGUCAACAGAAAUAUCGAAAGCACGUUCAUGGAAGCUUAUUAUUCCUCGUGAAUGUCUACCAGGGAAGGUCCUUCAUUAGAGGCAUGACAGCUUAUUCCGAUUUAAAAAACGGAAAUAUCACGUAUACAGCAUAUAUCGAUAUUCUGCCUUACGUCGAAUCCAUCGUGCGGAACUCGGAUGACAUGUCAGUACUAUCCCCCGUUCCACCUGUAAAGUCAAUCAGAGCUUUUAGGAGUCCUGACGACCUGAGCUUCCCGAAUUGCGGACUGAAAUCAAGAGUGGUUCGGAGCAGACGGGAGACAGGAGACGAGGUUGAAGAAAUCAGGUCGCGCCAGUUGAUAUUGGCCGGAAGCAGAGCCCAACGCGGCGCACACCCAUGGCAUGCUACAGUCGAGGGCCUUGGUUUCUCGUGCGGUGGAAGUCUCAUAUCGAAAAGGGCGGUUUUGACAGCCGCUCACUGUAUCGAAGGACAAAAAGCUGAGGACUUUGAAGUCACCAUUGGGAUGUAUGACAAGACUCUGAGGCAUUCUGCUGACAUUCAGAUUAAAACACCCAGCAGGCUGAAAAUUCAUCCAAAGUACUCGAGAGGGAAGUUCCACUACGACGUCGGUCUCAUGAUUUUCGAAAAAGGAUUUGAACUGACCGAUCACGUACGCCCGAUUUGUCUGUGGAACGAAGACACCAAUCUUGACGCCGUCGCCGGAAAAUCCGCUUUGGUGGUUGGCUACGGAUAUUUUAAGAAUUACUCUCACCCUGAGACGCUGCAAGAGGCUGAAAUACCGAUAAGAUCACACUUGGAGUGCUACCACAGUCUGAGGAAAUAUUACGGAGCGCGAUUGAAGCCUGGAGACAAUUUUUGCGCUGGUUAUACAAACGGUACAAACGUGUGCAACGGAGACAGUGGCAGCAGCCUCUCACUGGAAAAAGACGGAAGGUGGUUUAUUAGAGGCAUUGUCAGCUUUGCCAAAUCAAAAAAAGUCCAAAUUAAUGACGCAGAAGCCAAAGUGUGCGAUCCUGACGCUUUUCCCUUGUUCUCUGACGUGGCUUAUUACAUCGAUUGGAUUGUGCACAACACCCCUGACAUCUAUUUCGACUAUUCCGGCUGAUGAAUGAUUUACUGAAUUUACAAAUUUUGUAAUUGUUUAACAAUAAAUAUGAAAUAGAAGCGCAA